CUCAAACACAAAUAUUUUCAUAUAAUAAAAGCCUGCUUCCUUAUAACCCAUCCUCCAUUCCCGCGACGCCACCAUUUUAAAGGGGUUUGCUGCAUGGAAUCCUCCUAGUUUUACAGGAGUCAGCGACGGCGACGGCUGGGAAGAGGAAGACAAGGAAGCAUCUGCUAGAGCCGAUGCAGCCCUUUGGCUUUCCGGGAGGAGCGUCCCUGCCCGGAUGAGUGUCUGCCGUGUGUCCCCCGACUGUCCCCCGGCAGGAGCGCAGUUCGGACGGCUCAUCCAUUAUUCCCGGACGACAAACUGCAUUUCUCACGUUCUUCCAAAGAAACCCUAGUCACCGGGCGGGAGCCCAGCUCUGCGCUGCGCCCCCAGUGGCUCCCGAGUUCACACCCGAGCUGUGCGACCCGGUGGUGGGGUGGGAGCGUGGAGCAGGUGUUAUCCGAGGCCAAGUGAAAACUUUGGGAGUUUUGUUACCAUUAAGACUUUAACAACUGAGUUUUGAUGAGAGGACGUCUGGAAUAAACUAGGUUUGGGGACACAGCUGAGGACUGGUACAGGGGCCCACUUGUGAAGCUAGUUCCCUACUGUGCCUGCCCCUGUAGAUUGCUGCGGCUCUGCCUGGAUCAGUAGAAUGUGGUGAGAGGAUGGGGCUUCUCCCUCCCAAGACUUACAAUGGCCAGAGAAGAUUCCGUGAAGUGUUUGCGCUGUUUGCUCUACGCCCUCAACCUACUCUUUUGGAGCCAAUAGUCGCCAGCAUACCCAGCUCCACUCUCAGCUCAGGGCAUGGUGAUUUAUCACUGCCUUGCAGCUGCCGUUCAAGUUCGUCCACUAUUCACCACAGGUGUCUAAAGUUAAUGUCCAUCAGUGUCUUGGCCGUUUCUGCUUGGAUGAGGGACUACUUGAAUAAUGUUUUGACUUUGACUGCAGAAACAAGGGUAGAAGAGGCGGUCAUCUUAACUUACUUCCCUGUGGUUCACCCUGUCAUGAUUGCUGUCUGCUGUUUCCUCAUCAUCGUGGGAAUGCUGGGAUACUGUGGAACAGUGAAAAGAAAUCUGUUGCUUCUUGCAUGGUACUUUGGAACUUUGCUCGUCAUCUUCUGUGUAGAACUGGCUUGCGGUGUGUGGACAUACGAGCAAGAGGUUAUGGUGCCAGUACAGUGGUCAGAUAUGGUUACUUUGAAAGCCAGAAUGACAAAUUACGGCUUACCCAGGUAUAGAUGGCUUACACAUGCUUGGAAUUAUUUUCAGAGAGAGUUUAAGUGCUGUGGCGUGGUGUACUUCACUGAUUGGCUGGAGAUGACAGAAAUGGACUGGCCUCCAGACUCCUGCUGUGUUAGGGAGUUCCCAGGAUGCUCCAAGCAGGCUCACCAGGAAGAUCUCAGUGACCUUUACCAAGAGGGUUGUGGGAAGAAAAUGUAUUCCUUUUUGAGAGGAACCAAACAAUUGCAAGUACUAAGGUUUCUGGGGAUCUCCAUUGGUGUGACACAAAUCCUUGCCAUGAUUCUCACCAUUACUCUGCUCUGGGCUCUGUAUUAUGAUAGAAGGGAGCCUGGGACAGACCAAAUGCUAUCUCUGAAAAAUGAUACGUCUCAGCACUUGUCAUGUCACUCUGUGGAACUGUUAAAGCCAAGUCUUUCAAGGAUCUUUGAGCAUACGUCAAUGGCGAACAGCUUCAAUACACACUUUGAGAUGGAAGAAUUAUGAAGAAUGUCAAAGUAGGAAAUCACAAACCUGUGAGACUAGUGAGUUUUGGCAUACACAGUUAUCUAUUUCAGAAAUUUUUAGACAUAUUAACAUUCCGAAAAGGAAUGUCUAAACACAUAAUUUCUCUACCCUUUAAAAUGAAGGUUCCAUAUAAUAAUACACAGACAAUAAUUGUUGCCCUUCAAAAAGCUGAACCCAGAGUUCAUAACAACUGUGUAUGUUUUCUUUCUUUCAUUUCUUUUCUGAGCUCAAUUAUGUUUUGAAGUAAUACAGUUUGACCAGCCUUUCUGCAUCCAUUCACGGAAAUGAGCCAUCAUGGUGGCACUGGAGCUGGUAUGAAGGUUAACUAACUCCUCUAGCUAGCCUGUUAACUAUCCACUGACUGCUAACAUAGGUAUUUUUUAGUGCUAAAGACCUUUAUUACCUGAUGAUGUAUUGUUUUGAUGAUGAUUUGAUUAAAUAUGAAAACCUUUGAAGACUGGUGACUACCUAAACAUGAUUUUUGUUGGUUACUAAAAUAAUCUUAUUAAUAACACUUGUAAGAGCUAACACGUUGUCUUAAACUUAUCAGGGAUGUAUAUGUAUAUAAGUCUGUGUUGUGUCUGUAUAAUUCAGUAGAUUUCAGUUCUUAAAAUGUUAUGAAUAACAAUAUUUGAAAAUGACAAAAUUGUCUUACAUAGCACCAUUACUUUUGUCUCUUCCAACAACAGAGCUUUUAAAUUCUGUCUUGGUUCUGUACUAUAUCCAUAACUGUUAAUUUAAGUUGUUAACCACUAAUUUUGGAAAUUACCAGUGUGAUACAUAAGAAUCAUUGUAACUCGGGCUGCAGGAAGUAUUAACUACAGAAUUUACACAUAGUUGAUUCAGCACAAAUUCAGAUGCUUUUUUUCCUCCCAGUAAACACUUAGUCAAAGAGCUUAUGUUUUUCUUUUGCAAACAAGAACCAACAACUUGAAGUCAAUGUAAUUUUUACAAAGAAACAACAUUCUCUGCAGAGAUGCUCAUGGGAAUCUCUAAAAUAAGUGGUGGUCUAACCAGAGAGUAUCCUUGCUUUAUUUCAUCAAUUAAUAUACUGUAGCAAAUUAUACAGAAUACUAAUUUUUUUUUACAAGAGUAGAAGAUAUUUAUUUGAAACGGGAAAAGUGCAUUUUACUGUAUCUUGUGCAUUCUGUUCAUUUCUUGGAUUAUGGAAAGAAAAUUAAUACAGGUGCCAAUAAAUAUUUUCUAGAUCAUGA